UCAUAUCGAGCAGUGUUGAAAAUACGAGGUUAAGUUGAAAGAAGAUAUUUUGUACUAAAUAAUAAUCGAAAAAUAGUGAAAGUUUUAUUCGACAGGCGAAAAUGAAGAUCGCUAAUUGGUUUGUCGCUGUAUUAUUUCUCAUAAACUUAGAUGUCGGAAUUCAGCUUCACGCGAUUCGUCUGCGCAGCCAAAGCUUCGCGAAUUUUGCUCUUGGCCAAUCGCCCAACACCCCCCAAGCAGAUUCACAGGAGAUAAGGAAGCUAAAGGUGAUGUUCACACUGAGUUCCACGAAUGGACUUCUGUUGUAUUAUAGAGGCAUCGGCAACUCAUGGAUUGCUGUUGGCAUGCAGAACGGUGCACUGAUGUUCAGUCUUGGAAAGAAAAACGAAGCUACUGUGACGCUGCCAGUGGCGCAGCAUUUAGAGGUUUCUGAGGAGUUUCAUGUCUUGAAGUUUCAGCGAAACGGCUCGAAAUUAAGACUUGAAAUGGACGACUUACAACCAAUCAACUAUAAAGUACCGAGGCAGUUUCUCUCAGCUUUUAUCACAACAACUGUUUCUGCUAUGCUUCUAGGACUGUCUCAAAAUUCCACCAACGAAUUAAUGUACAGCCAAACGCUAUCCUCUUGCGUGUACAGACUCUCGAUUAAUGAAAGAUAUAUUCUGUCACCUGAAGACGCACUUGAGACCCGGGAUAUUGAACCAUGCCAAGCAAGUUCCCCAAUUCAAUGCGGAAAUCCGUAUUGCGGAAAUGGUGGAAUCUGCUACAAGACAUUGGAUUGCAAUGAUCAUAUAACAGUGGAAAAGGUAAAUGGAAAACGAGCAGAAGAAUCACAGCAAGAAAUUGAAGUAGGAAGAUUAUUCAAGUCAGUGGAAUUCGAAUUCGGCCAAAAACUCUUCAUACACUCUAUAAGGUUAACCUCACUUCAAAGGGAAACUGGUGAAUCAUGCGAUACAAUCGACUACGAAGUUCAAAUCAAAGGCGAUCAAAGUUACCACAAUUAUAGUGAAAGACAGGAGACCGCAAUUUCAACAUCGAGUCGUACUUUGUUUCUACAUUGGCCUGUGCCAACCACAGCGAUACGAGUGAAGAUAAGCGGUAUAGAAAGCCAAAACUGUCGACUACAAGCUAAUUUUACCGGCUGCAGUGUAACAAGUUCUAUAAAACAAUCGUAUUUGAACAUGGUCCCAUACAACGACUGGUUACCGGUUAUUCAGACCUUUUAUUCGACGUUGAAUACAACUUGGCUAAACUAUGGACCAGUAAACGACUGGGUAGACUUUGAAAACCCAAAACAAAGGAAUGACAAUAUUUUCAAGCAUCGCCUUCUAGAUUCUUUCGAAGUUUUACAAGACCGAAAUUUAAGCAUUAAACUAGAAGUUAUUUCUGGCGCAAAGAAAACAAUUUGGGUCCUGAAUCUUGCAGAGUGUGAUCAAAGUAUAACGAAAAUGUAUUUGCUGGAGAAAAUUCAACAGCAACUGAAAACUUUAAAGGAUUCAGGAAUGGGGAAUACGGUCGAGGAUGUAGGGUGUAACUGGAAACUGGUCACAGGACAAACUAGUGCCGUGAAUAAUUCAGAUCCGUAUGUUCGACUGUCAGUUCGCCGCCUUCUCGAAUCAACCGAUGUCUUCAGAUACUUUCCCAAAACGGAGCUCGCAUUUGAACAAUACAAACGACCGAUUUCAUUGAAUUCAAGCUCAGAAUGCGCAACAUUAUGCUUACAGAAACGUUCACCUAAAUGCACUGGAUUCGAUGUUACAAAAUAUCCAGAAAAUUCCGGAUCAAACCGGUUCGGCUGCCGACUUAUAACAGCUCCAUCUUCGACUAUAGACCUGGGUUAUAAUUUAAACUACGAUACAUACAUUGUGGCAGAACAAUUCCAAAGCUACCUCCCAGUUCAGAAAACUUCAUAUUCUCUUCAAUUAAAAGAUUGGGUUGACCCUGGCUAUCAAUGCGAGUGUGUCAAUCAAAUGAUCGGCGCUAGGUGUGACAACGACAGUAGCCAUGACAACACAUACCACGUGAUACUGAACCGACACACAGAAGAACUCGAGUUACAUUGUACAAUGAAGAAUAGCUCACUCAUACGAAUCCAAUUCGCUUCUCUUGUCUCGAAAAUGGGCGAGGGGCCUACGUCAGACUUAUAUGACGUAACCAGCCGUUCAUCAGCAUUGAUAAGAGCAGUAUGUGAUGGGAAACCGUCGUGCAAAUUGUCGGUGACACGUUUGCUAUCCUUACUACCACCUACGAAUCUAUCUGACGUCGAAAUUCGAUUUGUUUGCGAAAGCUCAGCGUCUUACAACUUCACACUUCCAGAUAUGAAUAGUUUUGAAGGGCAUACAAUUCAUGAAUCGGCAAGCACUCCCUCUACUCCAUUGCAAGAAACAUCAACUAAACAUGUCCUGUCGACUACAAUACAAAACAAUGCGCAUAAUACAACGGAGAGAAGUCUGUCAAGUAGUGAUGUUAAAGUAUAUGAGAAGCAGAACAGCGUCGACGGAGAAGACGGCCUUCUUCUGCUUGACCUGUUUCAAUCAGAAGAUGUCGGAACCAUGAUUGAGCCAACAAAAGCACCGAUAAGACUUCAAGCACUUUUGCAUCUUGGUGAACCGAACACGACAACUGCAACACUUGCUGAAACUUUAGCUGUAACCACGCAAAACAUCGUGACGACCGCAGAAACGACCGCAAUAUUGCAUACCAACGAAGCUAUCUCACCUACCAGCAACACUAUAACUUGCUCCAGCGUAACCGUUGACGGCGUAAAGUUUUAUGAAAGUUCGCCGGGAAUUAUUUCAACCAACUGUCCACCAGGGACGAUGGGUCGAGUUACACUUGAAUGCCAACAAGGUGGUCAAUGGUCACACGACGUUCCAGAUAUGAGCCAAUGUAUCUCGGAUCGCAUUUACGAAAUAUCUCGAUCGUUGGAACAUUUAGAACCAGGCUCAAACAUUACUGCAUCAUCCAUUGCCGAAGAACAAGCAGAAUUCUUACAAUCCAGUAACUCAAUUUCUUCACCUGACUUGUUGGAAAAUCUUUUGGUUGUUAAGAGGCUUUCUGAAAUUAAGACAAGUACGAAUGUAACAUCAAAUUCAACCAAAGAAAGCAAAAUGUUACUGAAGUCUGUUCAAACCACAGUAAACACUCUACUUGGUGAAAAACUAAUCGACGUUUGGAAUGAAAUACCAGAGAACGAAAGAGCGUCGAACGCUUAUGACGUCACAGAAGCAGUGGACGACAUGGGAUUCAAGAUAGGCAAGCAAAUAGAUACAGGGGAAUCAGUUACAAACUAUUUCGAAAAUACUGCUUUUCAGGUCAUGUCACUUGGAGGCAAAAAUCCGCAAAGCCAAAAAUUGAACUCGGUAAAUAGAGUCCAGUUUCCCUCGAGUUCCCAGAAAAGCAACGAUACAAACUGGAUCGAUGAUUCUGGCUCGAUAGCUGUGCCUUAUUCACCUAAUGCUGCCAAUGAUACAACUGUAGUGUUCGCAGUAUACAAGAACCUCGAUACGCUGCUAGGUAACAGCUUUGAGGGUAAUGUACAAACACUUGACAAGGACAAGGAUAGCCGUGGUAAUGUUUCAUUAUUGAACAACACGAGUACGAGUGAGGAUCGGUACUUGGUCAACUCAUACGUCAUAUCUGCUUCCGUUCAGCCAGCGCCCGUAGAAUUGCUGAAGACGCAAAAAGUGAAGUUCCUUUUAAAGCAUAAGAACACAUCUGUGCAUUGUACUAUGAGGUGUGUAUUUUGGAAGCCGAAACUCGCAGUAGUGGGCAAUUCGUCCGCUGGACAUUGGUCAACUGAAGGUUGUAAAAGGAUACGAAGCAACAAUACACAUACUGAAUGUGAAUGCGACCAUUUGACUAAUUUUGCAAUUCUAAUGGAUGUUAGAGGAGUUCAGCUCGAUAAAAUCAAUAACGAGGUUCUGACUUACAUAACAUGGAUCGGUUGUUCAAUGUCCAUCGUCUGUCUCGUCAUGUGUGUCUUUUGUUUCAACACCUUGCGUGGUCUGCGGUCAAUCAGGACUUCUAUACACAAGAAUCUCUGCUUUACUCUUGGUCUGGCGCAAACUGCUUUCCUAUUAGGCGCCGAUAAAACAAGUUAUCCGCUCUUGUGCCCUAUAAUUGCGGGAGUUUUGCAUUACCUCUUCCUGACCGUUUUCGCGUGGAUGUGUAUCGAAGGAAUGCAUCUGUACGUCUCACUUGUGAAAGUGUUUGAAAUCGACAAGUCCUCGCGACUUGCCUGUUAUUAUGCCUUCGCAUAUGGAAGCCCGAUUCUUGUGGUUGCUAUUACGGCAGCUAUAAGAUAUGAUGGCUACGGGACUACUCAAAGUUGUUGGUUGCAUGCCAAAGACGACUUGAUGAUUUGGAGUUUUGUUGGACCCGCUUUGUGCGUGAUAUGCGUGAAUAUUUACUUCUUCUUUAUCGCGAUGAGAGUCAUGAGAUCUCAUCGCAUUACAACGCCGGCGCACAGAAGUAGGCUUGCAAAAACCAAAACGUGGAUUAAAGGUUCUUCUGUUUUGCUCUGUCUUCUUGGUAUAACUUGGAUAUUUGGUGUCUUCUUUGUGGAUUCAAAGUCUGUAGUUAUGGCUUACCUAUUCACCACAUGCAAUGCUUUACAGGGUGUUUUCAUAUUUAUUUUCCACUGCCUCCUAAACGAACGAGUAAGGACCGAGUUGGCGAAAUACGCCAGGAGACGAAAUUUAUGUCCUUCAUGGGUGAGAGGUCGCUACCACGUGACUAACAGCGUCACGAGGUCAAACUACAACACGACAACAUCGAUGGGCUAUCGAAGUAGAAAGUCUUCAUCUGGCAACACUGAAAAUUCAAGUCAGACCAACGGUUCAUGGUCUUGGUUUAAGAGCAAAGAAACUCAAAAUGAUAGCGUGAUAAAGCGAUCGGUCGUUCGGACAAUAACACCGAAAUGGAAAAGCGAUUCCAAACGAGUUGCUGGAGAGCUGCAGUUUACAACAGAACUUAAAAAGUCAAGUUCGUCUGAAAAUAAGAUUACAAGCACAACUACUGAACGUACAGAAUCAGUUGUGGAAGUACAAAAGCAUGAACCGAUACAACAUAAUGAAAAUGUUGUCGCUUUAAAAAACAAACUGACGCCUAUGCUUAAUCGGAAAGUGGUUGUCACUGUUUCGGAUGAAUCUACAAGUUGUAGUGACGGUGCAGAUGUCGAUUUUGGAUGUUUGAAUGCAGCUUUUGAGGGGGAAGCCACCGUUACUCCUUUACCAGAACGCAAAGAACGAAUAGAACGAUUUUACAGAGAUUACGCUGAACAUUUUAGUGGCCAAGGCAACAAAGCAGAAUCUGGCAUAUUUAGGAAUAACAGUAUGCCUGUAAAGGUACGCAGAGAUACACCCCAGCCUAGAGCCCCAGCAACAGAAAAUGGUGUCAGCGCAAAGUCAUUGUACUUUAGCGUCGGCCUGUCUUUAAAGGUAAAGUCGACCACCGAAAAAGUGGCAGAUCUGUGAAAGGCAAUAUCAAACUGGAAAUUCAAUGUGUUAAGAUCAAAAUCCUUAUACAAACCAAAAUCCAUAGUGAUUUCUAUGGACUUUGAUACAAACAAGCUAACGAUAUUUCUGAUAACCGUUCAUGUGUCUUACUGCCGAGCUUUGUGUACUAUCUGUUUCAUAGUGUAAAUAAAGUACUGUGUAAACUAAA